CAAGAGUUCAAGCAACAUAACCUUCACAUUAUAUUAUCGAAAGACUCCGCAUUUGCAAUCUAUUUCUUUCCACGAAAUUUAUAAUCUGCGUUCAUAAUUUAAUUGAAUCUUGAAUGUAAAAUUAACGUACGUUCAAUGUGUUAAUUAUUAAUAAUCAGAAAUAUUCCAAUCCUUGAAAUGAAUGUGCUGCCCAUGAUACCGUUUCAUCGAAACGGUGGAGACAAGAACUUCUAGCUUUCGGAAAAAUGGAGGUUGUAGCCUGAUCGAGAUCGUGAAUUCGUGUCGGUCAAAGAAAACUAAUUUGUGUGAUUUUCCCGUGAAAAAAUCGAUUUCCGACACGUCCACCUGUUUCUUGAUUUCUUAUUCUUCACGUAGCUACGAAAUUCUUAGAGUGAAAACCGAUUUUUACGCUGUAAAAUGCAGGAGAGACGGUACAUCCCUAUUAAAAUGAAAUCAUUGAAAGCGAAAGCAAAGACCAAAAAGCCCAAUGGUAAAUUUGGGAAGGUAAAAUUUUCUGCGAAAGAGGUAGCACCUGCUAAUCCAGAUUUGUCACAACUGAAUCAGCAAGUAGACACGAGUGUGUCAUCUUUAUAUAGUUUGAGAAGAGUUUUGGAAGAUGGUAGCGAUGAGAUCAAAUCAAUUCUGGCAUAUGAAUGUGAUUUGGUUUACGAAUGUCGCAUAUGCAGAAGUCUUUUUAGGAGUCUUGUUAAUCUCAUUUCACACAAACGUAUAUAUUGCAAAGAGAAGUUUGAUGUUACGUUUGGUAGAAGCUCUUCUGAUAAUCAUGACAGUAUUUUUACAAUUGAACCAAAUACACAAAUACUGGAAACUACACAUCAAGAGGGUUGUGGAAAUGAUAGAAUCCUAAGAAGCCAAGUUUCUAAGGAAGAGCAAAAGAAGGAUCUCAUCUCUGUUGUAAAUAUGUUGCAGAAAAAGCAGAAUGAAAGUUUACACAGUAACACUGAACAUUUGUGUUUGGAGGUUGUACAAUCAAACUCAUCUGCAGUUUAUCAGACUCUUAAACCAGUAGUUUCAACACAAAACCAUGUAGAUCUAAUGAAAGCACAGGUAACAGAACUGAAGGACAUGAUUAAUGAACGAACUGCAGUGUUAGGUCCAGAUGGACAAAUUUUACAGUCCAAACAUGAUUCGAUUACCAGUAAUAAUGAAGAAACAACAUGCAUCUCCGAACCUGAACUUACUUGUUCCAUAUGUAAUGCGAAAUUUUCAACAAAGAAAACAUUGGCAGUACACACAAGGACGUUACACACAUCUCAUAGAUUAUGUUAUCCUUGUCCAUACUGUCCUAGCACUUUUGCGAACACAUGGAGUGUUUAUCGUCACUUGUUUAAAGUUCACAGGAAAACUAAUGAUCACGUGAGAAAGCUCAGAGUUCAGAUACAAGAGAAAGCUUUUAUUAAAGACACAACAGGUGCAGAAGAUUUGCAAAAGGAACAAGCUAGUAAAGCAUUAGCUGCUAGUUUAUUACCAGUCAAUGAAACACAGGAGUGGAUAGAUCAUCUAGAAUCUGAUGCAGAAUUGUACAGAUGUGGAGGUUGUGGGAAACGGUUUGAGAGGAAAGCAGCAUUAUCUUCUCAUUCGCAAUAUUGUCACAGACGUGUUGCAGCCUGUGAAAGUACAACCAAAAUCAAAAAAGUGAACAAAGUGUUGCCAGAUCAAGUUUCUAAUGAGACCAUAGUUACUUCUACUUCUACCGAGAUUAAUAAUAGUAAUGAGACAUCUAUUCGAGUGGAAGCUGUGAGUACCUUAAGUAAAGCAGACUGGGAGAUGCUACAAAAUACGGAAGUAAUUAAUGAGAAGGAGAGCAAAGAAAAUAUAACAAUGAUAGAGAACAGAGUACAGGAAGAUAUUGCAAAAAGUAAUUCUUCUGCUACGAAUACUGCCUCUGAUUCUUUAGAAAUUGUUUAUGCUAAUAUGAGCAAGCAUAAAAAUAAUGUAGGAAGUAGGAAGAGAAAGAAUAAGGACAGUGCAAAGAGAAUAACUCCUGAUGAAGGUAAUGCCGAGAAAAUGGAUCACGCAUUGAUAAUGGAAAAGAAAAUAGCUGCGCUAGUAAGUUUUCAGAAACUACAGUGCCUUCCCUGUAAACGAAAAUUCACCUCUGUGACUAAUCUAAGAAGACAUGCUGCCAUUCAUGUCGGCUGGAACCGAUAUCGGUGCAAGAUCUGUAAUUACAAAUGUUUCGUUAAGUGCGAUUGCGUGGCACACUGCAAUAAAAUACAUAAUGCUCAGAAUAAUCGCGCUAUUAUAGAAGAUAUGAUAAGCCAGAUCUCAGACGACAAUAUUAUAUCCGAGCAAGAAAUCAUUUUAAAAGGAACGAAUUUAGAGGAAGAAACCAAUAAUCCAGAUGUUGUGGAGAUCAGUGUUCCUCUGAAUCGUGUGAAACCAGAGGAGAUUCAGUUGGAGGAAAUAGAUGAAGACCAAGUGGUAACAGAAAUAGCAAAUGAGAAAAUAAACACGGAAAUAGAAAAUGAAACAGAAAUAAAAGGCCAGACAGAAGAAGACGUAGAGGUGAUAACGGAAACGCGAAGCAAAGUGAAUGCGGAAUUAAAAAAUGAGACAGAUAUAGAAAUAAUACCCUCAAAACCAGCUGCAUGUCAAGAAAUCGUUAACGGGGACGCUCAAGAGGAUAUCAGCAAUGGUGUCAAAGGACAAAACCCUCAUGAGUUGGACCCGGAGCUCAGAAAAAUGGUAAUGGAAGUUAUCUUUGGAUCUUCAGAGACGAAUUCUACAAAACAAGUAGUAGAGAAAGAAAAGUCGCCUACGAGUUUUGAUGCAAAAGAGAGCGAGAUUGUGUGUCUGUCGGACAAUCCGAGGCCACAGAGACCCACUCGAAAUAAAAUAAAACCGUUAAACAAAGACUUUAUAUACGAUUUGAAGGAAGUAACGUUGCGAAAGGAAUCAUUAAUUGUUAAACCGUUUGGUAAAAUUCUUGCAAAAAGAACAUCGAGUCAGGAAGAAAGUACAGAGAAAGACAGCGAGCCGAAGUCCAAACGUAUUAAGCCUUUGUCAGAGAACGGUGUGUCGAUUCAUUGUGAGAGCAAUGUUAUGGAUAAGUGUGACGUUAAGUUCGGGAGGGAGAGGUUGAAUGAUGGUUUAUCCUUUUUCUUUAAUUCAAGAUAAAUAUAAUCAUUACCAAUUAAAUUGUAUCUACGAGAAAUGUAAAGUGAAUUAAAAUAAACUGUUGUAUAAUUAGAAAA